GGGGCCGCCAGGUCGCCCGGCUCCCGCGCGGCGGAGGCGCCUUCCAACGGCGAGUGCUGGGCCAAGGAGAAGAGCGGCAAAGCUUUGGAUUUGUUCUCGCAUUUCAGCCCCGAGCCCGGCGAGGAUGGAGCCAACCUGAUCGACAGGUCGAGGGAGGGCAAAGCCAAGGAGAAAUCGCUGGCUGGGCCGUCCCUGGCUGCGUCCCCCACCCCCGUGGAUGGCAAAGAGCCCCUGGGAGAAACCACCGAGGGCUUGGAUCCUGCUUUCCCCUCCCAGUUCCGUGCUGGUGACGGAUCCCACCCCGUCCCCUGCAUCAAAAAGGAGGAGUCGGACUCGGAGGAGGCUCCAGGCAGGAGCUCCAGCCCCAAGGGCUUGGUCUUGGAUCACCUCAAAUCCGUCACCGUGCGUUAUUCCGCCGGGGAUUCUCCGGUGGCGCCGUGGCCGGGCUCGGAUUCCGGCAUUGACGCCGCAGCCGAGCUCAAACAUUCGCCGCGGAGCCCUCGGGAAUCCUUCUCCUCUCCUGGGAUUCCCAUCCCUCCUUCCUCUCCCAAACUCCUGAAGGAAGAGCGGGAAAUGCUGGAGAAAUCCAUGAGGAGCCCCCCGAGCGUCUCCAGCGGCGAGGAAGAGGAGGAGGAGGAAGAGGAGGAGGAGGAAAACACCAACUCGCCGUCCUCCAGCUCCUCGCGGCCGCUCAAAGUGCGCAUCAAAACCAUCAAAACCUCCUGCGGCAGCAUCACCAGGACGGUCACCAGGGUGAGCUCCGACUCGGAGCCGCCCUCUGGCAAAACCCCCGGCGAGCAGAAUGCCCAGGAAACCCCGGAAAACGUGGGGACGGGCACGGAGACAGCGCCCAAGGAAAAAUCCGAGCUCUCCAGCCCUCUGAAAAACACAGAAGGGCCCAAAAUCGUCAGCGUGCAGCUGGGCAACGGCACCAAGCUGAAGGGCACGGUGCUGCCCGUGGCCACCAUCCAGAGCGCCAGCAGCGCCAUGCUGAUCGCCGCCAGCGUGGCCCAGCAGAAAUCCGUGGUUCUCCCGGCCAAAUCCGGCAAAUCCGUGGCUAAAAACAUCCUCAACUUGGUGCCGCAGCCCCUCCCUAAGAGCGACGGCAGGACCAACGGCGCCGCCAAAACCAACGGCGCGGCGCUGCCGAAAUCAUCGCCGAGCGUUGCCGGCACCGUCAUCUCCCGCAGCCAGUCCAGCCUGGUGGAGGCUUUCAACAAAAUCCUCAACAGCAAGAACCUGCUGCCCACCUACAAACCCAACCUGAGCCCCCCGGCCGAGUCCAGCCUGGCGCUGCCGCCGCUGGGCUACCGCUGCCUGGAGUGCGGCGACGCCUUCGCGCUGGAGAAGAGCCUGGCGCGGCACUACGACCGGCGCAGCAUGCGCAUCGAGGUCACCUGCAACCACUGCACCAAGCGCCUGGUGUUCUUCAACAAGUGCAGCCUGCUGCUGCACGCCCGCGAGCACAAGGACAAGGGGCUGGUGAUGCAGUGCUCGCACCUGGUGAUGCGGCCCAUCGCCCUGGAGCAGAUGAUCGGCCAGCCCGACAUCACCCCGCUGGUGUCCGUGGCGCUGCCGGCCGGCAAGGUGGCUCAGGACGGAGGGGGGUUGGUGCAGGAGGUGCCAGUGCUGCCUCUGGGGUCAGAGCAGAGCAGCUACAGCUGCUUCAGGUGCUUGGAGUGUAAGGAGCAGUGCAAGGACAAAGCGGGGCUGGCGGCGCAUUUCCAGCAGGUCGGGGUGGCCGCCAGCAGCAGCAGCACGGUGUGCUCGGCGUGCCCCAUGAUCCUGUCGAACCGCUGCAGCUUCAGCGCGCACCAGCGCAUGCACCGCAGCCGCCCGCCCCACGUCUGCCCCGAGUGCGGCGGCAACUUCCUGCUGGCCAACUUCGAGGGGCACCUCAAGGACUCCUGCCUGCACUUCUCCCGCAGGGUGGGAUACAGGUGUCCCAGCUGCUCCGUGGUGUUCGGCGGCGUCAAUUCCAUCAAGUCCCACAUCCAGAGCUCUCACUGCGAGGUUUUCCACAAAUGCCCCAUCUGCCCCAUGGCCUUCAAAUCCGCGCCCAGCGCCCACGCCCACGUGUACACCCAGCACCCUGGCUUCAGCAACCAGCAGUCCAAGUACUGCACGGAGGGCAAGCGCACCUUCAGCAGCCGCCUGAUCCUGGAGAAGCACAUCCAGGUGCGCCACGGGCUGGAGAGCCCCGACCCCGCCCGCAGCCAGGAGGUCGUCAUCGCCCGGGGCCCCGCCCAGGAUGCCGCCGGAGGAGCCCAGGGGGGUUUGCUGGAGUGCAAAGUGUGCGGGAGGGGGUUCGAGAGCCAGCUCAACCUCAAGACGCAUUUCCGGACCCAUGGAAUGGCGUUUAUCCGCGCCCGGCAGGGCAACGAGGAGAACUGAGCGUUCCAGGGAAUCCUGGAAUUCCUGGAAUUCUGGGAUCGGCGUUAUCCGCGCCCAGGCAGGGCAACGAGGAGAACUGAGAGCCUGGGGGGGGCGUCAGGAAUCCCGGGAAUUCCCAGAGUCUGGGAUCGGCUUCGUGGAGGAGAACUGAGCGUUCCCAGCAAUCCUGGGAUCGGCGUUAUCGGGGCCAGGCAGGGCAACAAGGAGAACUGAGAGUUCCUGGGAAUCCGGGAAUUCCUGGAAUUCUGGGAUCGGCGGGGCCAGGCAGGGCAACGAGGAGAACUGAGAUCCUGGGAAUCCGGGAAUUCCUGGAAUUCUGGGAUCAGCGGGGCCAGGCAGGGCAACGAGGAGAACUGAGAUCCUGGGAAUCCGGGAAUUCCUGGAAUUCUGGGAUCAGCGGGGCCAGGCAGGGCAACGAGGAGAACUGAGAUCCUGGGAAUCCGGGAAUUCCUGGAAUUCUGGGAUCAGCGGGGCCAGGCAGGGCAACGAGGAGAACUGAGAGUUCCUGGGAAUCCUGAAAUUCUGGGAUUCCCAGAAAUCUGGGAUUGGUGUUAUCAGGGCCAGGCAGGGCAACGAGUUGAACUGAACUGAGAGUUCCUGGGAAUCCUGGAAUUCCUGGAAUUCCGGGUUUGGCUUCAUGGAAGAGAACUGAGCGUUCCCAGGAAUCCUCGAAUCCUGGAAAUUUGGGAUUUUGGGAUUGGCUCCCAAACCGGCCCUGAGGAAAACUGAGCGUUCCUCUGAUUCUGGAAUUCUGGGAAUUCCUGGAAUUCUGGGAUUGGCUUCAUGGAGGAGAACUCAACAUUCCCAGGAAUUCUGGAAUUCCCGGAAUUCUGGGAUCGGCUUUGUCCGGGCCAAGCAGGGGGCUGAGGAGAACUGAGAGAUCCUGGGAAUCCUGGAAUUCCCAGAAAUCUGGGAAUUCUGGCAUCAGUUUCCAAAGCAGCCCGAGGGAGAACUGAGCGUUCCUGGGAUUUGGGAAUUCCGCGAAUUUUGGGAUUGGCUUCAUCCAGGAGAACUGAGCAUUCCCAGGAACUCUGGAAUCCUGGGAAUUCUGAAAUUCCAGGAAUUCUGGGGUUGGCUUUAUCCGAGCGAGGAGCCUCAAGGACAAGCUGAGCAUUCCCGGGAAUGUCAGAAUUCCCGGAAUUCCGGGA